CGCGCAGUUUUGACACCAACACAAUGUUGAGCCACGACAGGCGAGAAUAAUAUUCAAACUUUGUUUUCCACUAGAUUUGUAACCUCAAUGCUAAAUCUCGGUAGAAACGAUUCUUGAUGCCGUGAUAUUAGAUAAUCUCGACGCUGCUAGAGGCUAAGUUAGCAAUUUUCUGAGUAUAUAAAUCGUAGUUCAUCGCGGCUUUGGAAAACAUAUUCUAUUCAAGCAGCUGCAAUGACAAUUAAGGCUGUGUUGAAGUAAAAAUAACUAUUAUCGAACUACAUUACCACUAUUGCCUUGAGCAUCGCUAUCCGCACGACCUACAGCUCUAUGACAAGCUUAUUGAUCACGUUCACGAUACCGCUAUGCCUGACAUCACUACCGACGUUACUCGGAUCAUCGAUGCGCCUAUCGGGCAGGUCUGGGGGAUUGUCACCUCUUUCGGGGCUGAAAUUCUUUGGUUCCCCAAGUGCGUCUCUUCCUCUCUUGAGGGCUAUGGUCCAGGAUCGGUGCGCACCAUCCUGUGGGAGUCGAACCAAUGGGUGAAUGAGGUUCGCGAGGUGAUGCUGUUCUGCGAUCCGGUAAAACAUCACCUUCGCUUCCAGGUUCACAAUAAGGACGUCGGUGAAACUGAGGGUGGCAUCUUCUCAAACAUUGUCCUAGAGGACAUCGAUGGCAAAUCGACUAAGUUUAGAUGGUACGGGGAGAGCAAUCCACUGGAGGACCCAGUGUUGCGAGCCAGCUUGCUCACAUAUGUGGAAAACAUGUACGCUGAUUGCGCGGAAGCGAUUGGCCAGAAGCUAUCACGCAAAUAA